GACUUCCUAGUAUCCAAAGUGUCUUUUUUGAACUUGUUCAAAAUGCAAUCAAGAAAUAUUUGAUAUUGAAAUCUGCUUCAAUGCAAAAUACUCAAAUAUCACAAAGUGUAUUAUAUUGUGCAUAUUUAUAUGAAGUCUCAAAUAAUUCUAUAUUGUUUCCUAGUGCUUAUGAAUAUGCAGAAGGAUAUCUUGAAGAUAAAUACGAUGCAUUGCAAGCUUUGCUUAAAAAUAUUAUUAAUAUAGUUAACUGUAACAACAUUCUUGAAUUUGAUAUUAAACUCAUAUCUAAUUGUUGGUAUAUUGAUCCAAUACAAAUAUCAAAUUGUUCUAUAAUUACAGGCACUGACACUGCUGAUAUUAUAGAAUUUGAUACAAAGGAAGAGAUGAAUCAAGUCAUAGCUAUUCAUAAACCCAAUAUAUAUCAAGCUAGUAUUUAUGCUUGUGUUACUCAAAAGCAAGAAUAUGCUCAUGGAUUUGGUAUAGCAAAAAGUGGAUUAAAAUUCGCUCUUGAAAAUGGAUUAAUUAACGAAUUU